GUCCCAGUGUCCCUGGGCGGCCCGCCUAGGGGCGGACACAGGGCGUACUAUAAAGCAGCAGCGGCGCACUCAGGGGCAUUGCGGAGCCUCGGGUGGCGGAGGAACAGGAUGGAGAUCCCGGUGCCUGUGCAGCCGUCUUGGCUGCGCCGUGCCUCGGCCCCGUUGCCUGGGCUUUCGGCGCCCGGGCGCCUCUUCGACCAGCGCUUCGGCGAGGGGCUGCUGGAGGCCGAGCUCGCUUCGCUCUGCCCCGCCUCGCUGGCGCCCUACUACCUGCGCGCACCCAGCGUGGCGCUGCCUGCCGCCCAGGUGCCGACAGACCCUGGGCAUUUCUCGGUGCUGCUGGACGUGAAGCACUUCUCGCCGGAGGAAAUCGCAGUUAAGGUUGUUGGCGAACACGUGGAGGUGCACGCACGCCACGAGGAACGCCCGGUGAGGCCGCUGGCAGGGGCAGAACCUGAGGAUGAGCACGGAUUCGUCGCACGCGAAUUCCACCGCCGCUACCGCUUGCCAUCUGGUGUGGACCCUGCCACAGUGACCUCUGCACUGUCCCCUGAGGGUGUCCUGUCCAUCCAGGCCGCACCUGCACCAGCCCAGGCUCCACUGCCGCCGCCAGCAGCUGCUGCCAAGUAGGGGUCUGGGCUGGCCUGAACCCCGGGAGUCACCUCAGGCCCCCUCUUUUGAAGCCGACCUGACUCCACCCAGCCAGAUGUCAUGAACGCCCCAAGACCACCUGCUCACCUGUUCUGGGAUCCUGCCCUUUCCUUCCAACCUCGACUCAGCCCUGAUAACCUAGACCUUUCCACUGACACUCCUGCUCUCACAUUCUUUCAAUACCCCCACACCUCUCUAGUUUCUAGAUCCUACAAACACAAACCCUCAUCCUAGUUUCCCACCCCCACUGACCCACUUUCUUGGCAUAUAAGCCCACGCAAAAUUCCUUCCUAUUUCCUUUUGACUCCUCUACAAACACAUCUCUACUCUGACACCAUAUAAUGGUCUAGCCAGCCCUGUCCCCACCCUAGGACAGUCAAGCAUAAUCCCUUCCACCCCUCAAAUGUCCCAGACUGCACAGACCUCCCAUCCCAGACCAUCCAGGCCUGGUCCUCCACCUCAUUCCAAUCAGACACUCCACUCCCUGCCACCCCAUCCCCCAAUCCACCUUCAGACUCUUGAAUCCCUUUUCUGACCCCGACCCUUGGACACCUAGGCCAACUAGGACCCCCAACCUCAAAAUGUAGAUAUCUUGCCCAUCUCCCUCUGCACAAUAUCCUAGCUCCCAUCACCAACUCUACCCAGAACCUCCCCAGUCACUUUGUCUUGACCCUCAAGUCUCUAACUACAGGCAGUCCACCUUCCAGACCCCUCUCAUUAUCCAAGAAACAGCCAAGCAGCCACUUUCUUUGAUUCCCUGCAAUCUUUCUCCCUCCUUGAAUUCCCGGUUGCCCCAUCUCCUACCCAGGCCCACUCCCCCAAUAAAUGUGCUAGUGCUGUA